AUAUUUUUAGCAAAAAGACUGUCUUUUCCCUCCACCAACAAGUUUUCGCGCAUAAUUUUCGAGAAACACGAAGAAAUAUCGCAUGAAAACCUAACCGAUUUUCCCAACUAGUUUACAUCGCGACUCUGCCAGAGCACAAGCAAGUCAAUUCGCCAAAAAUUGUUACAUCUUCUUCACAUUGUGCUGCAAUUAGCAUUAUUUUCCUCAAUCCAACAAGUGAAGAGGAAGAGAUUUAUUUAGUGUGAAUAUUUUUUAGAUCUCAAGAGUCAAUUGGACACACGUCUAUUCACGGUGUAACUGCAGGAGUGAGAGUGAAGUGUGGAAGAUGGACGACGACGGAAGCCACAAAGUGGAGCUCUAUAUAUACGAUCUGACCCAGGGCAUGGCAGCCGUCAUGUCCUCGAUGAUCUUGGGCCGGCACAUCGAGGGCGUUUGGCACACUGGAGUCGUUGUCUUCGGCCGGGAGUACUUCUUCGGCGCCCAGGGCAUCCAAGCCUGUCCACCGGGCGGAACCGUUUUGGGAGCACCGCAGAAAGUUGAGAAAAUCGGCGAGACUUUCAUCCCAUUUCAAGUCUUCAAGGACUACGUGCGUGGCUUAGCCGAAAGCACCUUCAGAGGCUCCUGCUACAGUCUGCUGAAGCACAACUGCAACACAUUUUCCAACGACUUGUGCCAGUUCCUCUGUGGCAUCUCCAUCCCCAAGUACAUCUUGGACCUGCCGCAGGAGUUCCUCGGCACGCCUCUGGGCCAGACCUUAGGACCACUGAUUGAGAGCAUAGGCGCCAGCGAGAAUACGCAGCACUUCUCAUUCGAACCGCAAAUCGGUGCUCGUGAGCCAAGUCCGGGCUUUGAUGAGCUCAACAGUGAGAUAGAGCAGGCACGUCUGCAGUCCUUAGCGCUGAACGAGCGUCGCAACACCAUCAAGGAGAAGAUUGCCAAGAAGGAGCGCAAGAAAGAGAAGAAGAAGCGCAAGCAUCACGCCAACAGCAAUUCAGAGAGUGAUCACAACUCAAACACCGGCAUGUCUGAGGUGGAGGCCAAUGCGGAGGUGAAUGGCGCCACGACGAAUGGCGACGGAGCCAUUCCGUCUGAGAUGCUGCCAUCCGAGAAGGUGCUGGAGGAUGAGGCCAGAGAGAAGCGCGAGGAGGAGGAGCGAAAGCGCCAGAGAGAUCCUCCGGUGGUCUUCAAUAACAUCGAUCCAAAAGUGGAGCUUGAGUCCCUCGUGAAGCUGCUGGACGGUAAAUUGUCCAAGGACGAUGAGACUUCCAUUGAGGAGCUGCAUCAGUAUCUGCUGGAGGGCGAAGGAUCGUGGGCUCUCAGCGAUGGCUUCCUCGUCUUCGCCGAGCGUGUCCUCCGCGAUCCGGGCAUCUCGACAGAGACGCGAGUUCACCUGCUUCGAGCUCUGGCCAAUGCCGCCCUGAAAGACGAUGUGAUCCUGCUUUUGCACCAAGACAGGCGCGAUCAUGUGCUCAUGAACUACGCACAAGACAUCGAUCGUCACUCUCCUGAGGAGCAACAGGCGCUCGCGCUCUUUAUGUGCAAUUUGUUCGAGAACUCCAGCUCUUCCGAGUGGCUGCUGUACAUCUCCGAGUGGACUUACAACGGUGGCCAGACAUCGAAUAUUCGCGCCUCGACGAAAGUGGCGGUUCACUGUCUCUUGGCCUCCUGUCCCACCCUUCAGGAUCUGGGCACCGCCAUCAUCCACAACUUGGCGUGCAAGGAGGUAAAAACCGUGGUGUUUGACGAUGUUGCUGUUGAGUUGGCGAUGGCUAUUCUGCAGUUCUUCAACGCCAAACCCAAUGAGGAGCAUUUAUUCAGAACAAUCAAGGCUCUCGCUCGUUUCAUAACGGUUUCGCCUGAUGUCCCACAGCUUGUGCAGAUGAUUGGACCAAAUCCGUCCACUUUCAAAGGCGCCAGUGAACGUGUUGAUGAACUAAUUGCACAGGUUGCGAAGAAGAUUCGUUGAAAUUAACCCGGUUUAACCAAUAAAGCGUGAAAAAUACAAAAUAGACAUAAAUUCUCCCUUAAAUCAUGAUUCUUCUCUGUUAAAGGAAAGACUUUAUCUUGCAAAAUGUUAGUGAAUUACGUGAGUUUUCUAUGCUAAGUUUAUCUUUCUUCCCUUUUUUGUACAUAAAAAGUACCUUCAAAUAUCCCUUAAAAAAUGAAGUCUCUUUUCAAUUUGUCACACUUUUUAUAUCAAUUGAUCUUAAUUUGUAAUAAAAAUUACUGAGUGUUAAA